CAACGCUGCAUAUAAAGCGGUCGAAGCCGCUGCUGUUCUUGUACUUUACGUAGUCUUCUUGAAUUGAGAGAUGGAUCAGAAGCUGAGAAUGGCGUUAGGCUGGACAACAAUGGCAGUGGUGCUAACGUGCGCCGUGGCGGUGAUGCUGCCGGGAGUGUCGUCGACACGGUAUGUCGUCGGGGCGAAAAUGGGCUGGACCUCGAACGUCAACUACACCGUCUGGGCUCGCACCAAACAUUUCUACCGAGGCGAUUGGCUCUAUUUUGUAUAUGAUAGGAACCGGAUGAAUGUACUUGAGGUAAAUAAAAAGGACUAUAAGUCGUGCAAUUCUAAACAUCCCCUUCACAACUGGACAAAAGGUUAUGGAAGAGACGUGGUUCCACUUAACGUGACCAAAACUUACUAUUUCAUUAGCGCCAAGGCCAAGGGAUUCUUCUGCCAUCGCGGAACCAAAGUAGCCAUUCGCGUUAAUUAA